CUUCCUCCUGGUCUGGAAAUCAUUUCUGCUGUGGGGAAGUUUCAUUUGGCUGCCCACAAACACUCUUGCUUCCUAAGGUAUAGUCUCAACUUUGUCAAGGGUGCUGGCCACCUGGAUGGUGAGAUUUUGGAGACAUUGUCAGCUCCAUUCAAU